AUGGUCUAUGGGUCUCUCGACAAUCACCUCAAUGAAACCAACAAGUGUUCACUUAACUGGGAAAAGCGACUUGAGAUUUGCAUUGGUGUUGCAAGAGGACUGCAAUACCUCCAUGCAGGUACAAGGCAACCAAUCAUUCAUUGGAACUUGAAUCCUGCCUAUAUUAUGUUGGAUGAGAAUUGGAAUGCGAAAGUACUACACCACACUGUAACAAGUAUAUGCACCGUAGGAUAUGAUGAUCCAGAAUACCUUGUCGAUGCAAAAUUUACUACAAAAUCUAAUGUGUACUCAUUCGGCAUCGUCUUACUUGAACUAUUGUAUGGUAGGAAGCCAAUGAUCUAUUCAAGGAACGAGGAUCAAGUGAAUUUAGUUCGUUGGUUCAAAACUAAUAUUAAAAUGGGUACCGUAGAUCAGAUCAUUGAUCCAUAUCUAACUGACAAAAUAGCACCGGAAUGUUUGAAAGAAUAUGUCAAGAAUGCAGAAAAUUGUGUAUGUGAUGAGGGGAUUGAGCGUCCAUCGAUGGAUGAUGUGUUGGGUAACCUCCGAUAUGCACUGCAACUGCAAAAGACUUGGCAGAAUAGUAAUGACCAGUUCAGUACAAUUAAGUCCCCUGAGGUCGUUCCUAGUUCGAAUGGCACUGUGAUUGUUGAAUUAGCCAAAAGAUGA